AGCUUAAAUUCGAGAAAAAAUAGCCCUAAUUGUUCACUUUUUGCGAAUAACAUAGAAAUCCCUCUUGCAAAGAGACGACAGCAGAAAUCUCAAUUCAUGCUUUGAAGACAGGAGGGGAUUAUUUCCAACAGGCUAAUAUCGGAGUUGAAUUCUUAGUUUGGAAAAAUAUUAAAUUGACUUGAAUGGGCGAAACGGGGAAGAGGGGUAGGUCUCAUAGAGACAGUGAUAGAGACAAAAAGGAUCAAAAGAGGCGUGCAACCGACAGAGAUGAUAGGAACGAAGGUGAACUUGUAGUUUACAGAAUAAUAUGUCCAGAUGGUGUAAUUGGCAGCGUGAUUGGAAAGAGUGGGAAAGUGAUCAAUUCUAUAAGACAGGAUACUAGGGCAAAAAUUAAGGUUGUUGAUCCUUUUCCGGGUUCCAAAAACAGGGUUAUUCUCAUCUAUUACCAUGUUAGGGAGAAGCAAGAUGUCGAUGUGGAAGGAGAAUUCAAUGAUAUGGAACCUCUUUGUCCAGCUCAAGAUGCUCUUCUCAAAGUGCAGGAAGCAAUUGCAGGUGCUAUAAAUGCUUCUAACGAUAAUAAUAAUAAUAUAGAUAACAAGAAAUAUAGAGACAAAGAGGAGUGCCAAAUUCUUGUACCAGCUAGCCAAACCUCUAGUAUCAUUGGAAAGUCCGGUUCGAUUAUAAAGAGACUGAGGAACAUCACUAAGGCAGCUAUUAAGGUUAUACCUAGAGAUGCAAGCGAUCCAUCUCAUUCAUGCGCAUUGGAUUUCGAUAAUUUCGUUGUGAUAAGUGGUGAACCGGAAUCAGUUAAGAGAGCUCUGUUUGCAGUUUCUUCAAUCAUUUACAAGUUUCAGCCAAAAGAGGCCAUUCCACUCGAUACUAAUGUUCCAGAACCUCCUCCAACAAUCAUUAUUCCUUCCGAUUUUCCUAUUUACGCUCACAAUGGAAUAUAUACAUCUGUCGAAUCUCUUCUACCAUCACGAUCUGUUCCAUCUGUCAUAAGUUCUGCAACCCUACCCGAACUUCCAAGAUAUUCUGAUGAACGUGGCACAUGGCCGUCUACUUAUUCGUCUGCUCUUCCUGUUGGGGCUGGUUAUGGAGGUUCUUCGCGAUCGGAGGAGUUUGUUGUGAGAAUAUUAUGUCCGAGGAGCGUGAUUGGUCGAGUCAUUGGAAAAGGAGGCAGUUCUAUUAAAGGUAUCAGGCAAGCUAGCGGUGCUCGAAUUGAUGUCGAUGAUGCCAAACAUGAACGCGAUGAAUGUAUUAUCACGAUUACCUCGACAGAGUCAUCGGAUGAUGUGAUAUCGAAGGCAGUCGAAGCUGUUUUGAUGCUACAAGAGAAGAUGGCUGAUGAAGAUGUUGGUACUUUGACAAUUAGACUCCUUGUUCCAACUAAGGUUAUAGAUUGCUUACUUGGUAGGGGCAGUUAUGUCAUUAAUGAAAUUCGAAAGAGAAGUAAGGCUGAGAUCCGAAUCUCUAGGGUUAUGAAGCCCAAGUAUACUGAUAUGGAUGAUGAGCUUAUUGAGGUGAUGGGGGAAGUGGAUAAAGUAAGAGAUGCGCUUCUUGCCAUUGUGAUGAGGCUUAGAGAUGAUGUUUUGAAUGAUAGAGAAAGAUAUUUCAGUAAUUCUUAUGGUGGCAGUUCAGUUUAUUCUGCCGGAACAAGUUUAACAGUACCUUCGGCUUUGCCUAGUGCUGUACCAAUGAAUCCAUACGCUUACGAGCCAAGAAGUGAACCCAGGAGAAGAAUGGACCCACUUUCUUCAAGUGGUGGCCUUUAUGGUUAUGGUUCUUUGCCGAUGGGAGAUAAUGACUAUGGAUCUUCUUUGUCUUCUUACUCAUCAAAGAUUUAUGGAGGAUUACCACCUCCAUCCACCCUUGAGAUUUUGAUUCCAGCACAUGCUGUGGGAAAAGUGAUGGGCAAGGGUGGGGCAAAUAUAGCCAAUCUCCGUAAGAUUUCUGGAGCAGCUAUAGAGAUAACUGAUGUAAGAUCUUCCCGUGGUGACCGUCUUGCUCUAAUAUCUGGCACAGCUGAUGAGAAGCGUGCUGCUGAAAAUCUGAUCCAGGCAUUUAUAAUGUCCACUUAACCUAUAAUGUUUGUUGUUGUUGAUCCUCCAGUGUUUUAAAGUCGCAUCCUACCCAAAAAGGCCUUGGAGGUUUAUUCGAAGAUCUAGUUUCUGUAGUUUCUUUCUACCUCUAUCAUGAAGUGUUUGGCUUAAUCUCUAAGAUCAUCUUCUGCUUCGAGUCCUGCUUCUGCCAUACCCAGGCAAAAAAAAAACUUGUCUAUUUGUUGCUUUUAUCUUUGAAAUAAUCUUCUGAACUUUUAGGAUUUUUUUUUCGAUCUCAGUGUUUUCAUCUUGACUUGUGUCAAAUGCUGCUGCUAUGUUCCAAAGAACUUGAAUAAUGGUUUAUUCAAAAACUAUUACUGGUUUGCAAUGAGAGUAUGAGACUUUGAUGUCC